AUGACUUCCGCCGAAGGUUCCUUAAACCGACAUGACAGUGAAACCAACCCGUUGACUGCGGUGGCCCCGCAAUGUAAGGAGUUGGAGUGUCCGCCUUUGCAUGAACUCAUCCCCGAGCUGUACCCGUCGGCACCUGCAGAUUCCUCUCUACACCAUGUGUCGCUACCCCUCGAGGAGCAAGAGGCUUUGUUCAAGUCUCUGCAGGAAAUUCUCGAGGCGGCAAACUGCACCCAGGAUUUGUCCUCCGGCGACGUCCACCCCUCGUUCCAGCGAGUUGACCCUCCCUUUGGAGAAGUGAACGAGAUAUUAUACAAGCUGUUGAACAGCAGCUCGCAUUAUAUGGAACAGGCUGCUGAGGCGUUCGCGAAUGGCAGUAGAAACCAGCCUGCGCAGUCUCAGCUAGCUGCGAACAAGAUAGUUUAUAUACUUUUACGACUAGUCAAGGACGGGGCGCUCAAAGAAAACCUUUCCUUGCUUGAUUUCGCUUACGAACUCAUAGAGUUAAGUGCUGAGCAAGAAAAAGCCAUGGAAGUGUGCCCUGAUGGAACCCUCUUGCUUAUGAUAGAGCUUGCACUCAACGAAGAAUUCACUGCUACCGUCGCCCAUUUUUCCUGCAUCACCAACUGUCUUAUGAGUAUGUUGGACAACAAACGAUUCCAGGACAUUUGCAUAUCAAGGCGCUUGGUAUCGACGGUUUUGUCUGUUCUCACUCGAGCUGUAUCUUUGGGAACAGGCGCUUCUGCGGAUGACGCUCAAGUGCUAGCUCAAUUGCAGCUGAAGAUCAAUCAGACCUUGUCAGAGGUAUCUGACUCACCAUUGUUCGCAGAAGUAUACCCCAUUGAUUCUGAUUUAUCGCUUUCCUUGAAAUCUUGGUUGUCAAGCACUGAUGAGCAGCUUCAAAUAUGCUCUUGUGUUAUGCUGGGAAACCUAGCGCGCUCGGAUGGCGUUUGUCAGCUCAUGGUUGAAAAGCUGAAGAUACAUGAAGAGUUGAUAUCGAUUCUGAAGGGCGAAGCUAGAGGAGCCGUUCUACACUCAGCGCUAGGGUUCUUGAAAAACCUGGCAAUAGCAGGUAACAAUAGACUGCAUUUGGGCGCCGCGGGAAUCGUACCUGUGAUUUCCCGCUUAUGGAACUACGAGACCGUUCCCCAGGUUCAGUUCGCUGCAACAAGUAUUGCAAGACAAUUGGUUAUCUCGUCGAUCGAGAAUAUAACGCUUUUGCUGGAGACAUCCUCAGCAGAUCAGGACAGAACAUAUCUGUCCCUACUCCUUUCGCUAUUCAAGAAAACGGACUCUGUUCCCAUCAAAACAGAAACCGGGCGCCUCGUCGCUUCGAUAUGCCGCACCCUUGUACCCAAGGCUCGUGCACAAGAUGAAUUAGCCGAGUCCCUUCUUGCACGGCUCUUCACGAUGCAUGAGGAGGUGGCGCUUCCUGUUGGGGGCAUGAUUGUCCAGUCGCAGUGGCCCGUCGUCAGAAGCGAGGGUUGGUUUGCUCUAGCAUUGAUGGCAUCCAGCAAUCAGGGCUCCGUUGCUGCCGGAGAUUGCCUGCAGAAAAUGGACCUAUUCUCAAUAAUAGAGGAGACUCUAGGCAAGCCCUCGAGCGACGAAAUCGAAGAAGUGCAAUUGACCAAAGACCGGGACAAUGCGAUUAUACUUCUUCAAGAAUUAUUGCAACACGAUCCCGGUAGUGCCUGUUUGGCGACCGAAGUUGACCAUGCAAUUCCAUCAACCAUGGGCUACCUUGAGCGCUGCCAUCACGUCGAAUCGCUGGAUGAAGAGGGCUCGGGAUACCGCUCCUGGGCCUCCGUGCUGAUUUGGUGCGCGAUUGGCUACCUCUGUAUGAUCGCAAUCUUCGUCGGAGUUUGCUUCUCUCGGCCCUCUCUUCUGGAACUGGGCCUCCCCGUCUUGUUCCGGGGGACUGCCCUACCUCCAUUCUAUGCGUUUUCGCGGGGCUCGAGACAGUUCCAAAAACCCAAGGACGUGGAUAUCAUUGCUCUGGUCCCUGUUCAUUACCAUGAGCGUACGGAUAUAUUGGAAUGCUACUUGCAGAGAAAUAUGGCCUACCACCAUGGAUUGCUUGAUCAAGUAAUCUUCGUCCCUCAGACCAACAUCUCCGACAGCCUAGAAUGGCUUACAUCAAUUGCCGAUGAGACGCCCUUAUACACGAUUUGGAACCCUGGCGAUGGCUUGGUAUCGACGCAUCAGGGCAAAGAAGUUCUGUAUAUCUGGAUCGAUGGCGAUAUGGUUUUUUUGGAAGAUCAGACCAUCCCUACGGUGGUCAAAACCACAUUGGACAACCCGGACUCAACCGUAGUCUCGGCGAAUGUCAUCAACGCGGCAGCUCUACAGGCGCUUCACAGUCACUCCGGUGUCGCUCUGCCCUAUCUUCCAGAACUGACGCCCGAGGCUUCAGCAACGUCUCUGUCCCGAGAUUGGCGUGUUUCGAGACUCCCCCAAUGGGAAGGCCCCACAAACUUCAGUGUCUUGAAAGACUUCGUACCACCCUCUGAUAACCACCGCUGGCUUCUCUCAAGUGAUAACAAUGCGGACCGGACGCCUAUCAGUACCUCCGUUUACACAGACAACGGACCUGGAUUGGAUCACUGGAGUGUCCAUGCCCAACAGCAUUAUUCUUUUCUACAUCACCUCGAGGCAGGCGACCUGUAUCGUUACAAGUUCCCCAUGUGGAAGAAUCCUAGCGAGGCCGUCAGUCAGAGCUUUUUAUGUUUCCGGGCGCAGGAAAAGAACCUCCUUCAGGAACAGGAGCGCGCCAAGGGUCGACCGUUGCAGGCAGCAGGGGAGAUCCGUGACACAAAUCAAAUGAUAAUUGAUGGGAAAGGCCUGGCGGUCCAUUACACCAUGGACACGAACUCCGAAGGGCUUGAAGCCACCGAUAUUCUCCACCGCUACCGCGCAUACGCUAAGGAGAAAGUUUGCUUGGACACCGCUUGA